CAAAAGCGCCAAAUACAAGAAAUAUUGAUGCGCAAAUCAAUAUUGGAUCCUUAUAUUGAUCCAAAAAGCUUUAGUACGCACGAUGAUUACAGCAUCGGCGUACUUUUAUGGGAAAUAUCAAGUGGUCGUUGCUCGGAGGUAGAACGUGCGAGAUUCUUGUUGCAGAAAUCAAUUUAA